AAACACCACCAAACCGAACCCCUGGUUACUAUGCAAUUACAACAACUGAUCUCCCUUGUUCUGAUCUUGCACUGGAUGGAGGACGCGGACUGUCAGCAUCACGCCUCCAAGCACCGGCAGCACAAACAAGGGAGUCAAGACUGCCCAGGAGGCUGUCUGACCUGCUCGACUCACAAUGGCUGCCUGACGUGCCUGCCCAAGCUCUUUAUUCACCUGGAGAGGGACGGCAUGCGGCAGAUCGGCGUGUGUCUGGCUUCCUGUCCCAAAGGGUUCUUCGGAACUCGCUCUCCUGAAAAAAAUGACUGCUCGAAGUGUGGUUCCGAGUGUGACACCUGCUUCGACAAGAACUUCUGCACGCGCUGCAGAGCAGGCUCGUAUCUACACAAGGGAAAAUGCCAAGAGAGCUGCCCUGACGAGCUAGUACCCAGUGACGCCAAAAGGGAGUGUGUCCCUCGUCUUACAGCAUGCCCAGCGGACUGUGACUCCUGUCUAAACAGUGAAACCUGCACGAGGUGUAUGCCAGGGUACUACCUGCUGCAUGGUCAGUGUCACAGUGUGUGCCCUGAGGAAUUUGAGCCCAGUGAGCAGCUGAUGGAGUGUGUCCCUGCAGUACACUGUGAGGUGGGAGAGUGGAGCGAAUGGGGUCCGUGCUUGCGGAUAGGAAAACCCUGCUUUAGAGAAGAAACCCGUACCCGCAAAGUUCUACAGAACCCCAGCCCUCAGGGCAAGCCCUGCCCAGCUACUUCAGAGAAGAGGGAAUGCUUUGGUAAAAGAAAGAGAUGUGGAAAAGACAGAGGCUCACAUAAAGGAGAGCGGAAGAAUCGGAACAAUCGGAAAGACAAGGCGAGCGGCGAGGGCCGUCGAGAGAGGAAGAGGGAGCGAGAGCGGGAGAGGGAGAUGGGUGACCGAGAGGAGUCUGAAAACAGGAACAAAACGGAACAGCGCCGCAGACGGGCCCAGAGCAGAGACCCUGGAGCAGUAUAGAGAGGAGCUGCACAGUGAUCCCCUCCAAUUACACACCCUUAUUCCUCUCACCCCUCAGCCCCUUAACCCCUCGCUUUCGGGGGUGCUGCUGCUACCUGUAUAAUUUAAAUGUAUACUGUAUAUGCACAAGAGAGAGGAGGCACUGCUCAGUUGAGUGACCAUGAACAGCGUGGCUAAAAAGAAACCCUUCCCUCCGUCUCCCCCUCUGCCCUCAAAGGGCACCUAUAGCUCCUCCUAUAGCCACACAGAGGGCCUGGAAUGAUACUGAACUCUCCGGACUGGAGCGAUACCCGAAACAGACAUGCAGUCUGAUGACCUGUUGAGUCAAAACAUAUGCUGCCCUUGGUACAGCAUCGCUUCAUGGUUUGAAUGUAGGUUUGUGUGACAUUAUGUAGAGUUGCCGUUGUAUAAACGUCUAUACAUAUAUAUAUUUUUUUUGCUGAGUAAAUUAAAAGAUGAGCAUGCUUGCUGGCAUUGUGGAUAUUGCCUGCCGAUAAGGCUGUGACUGCAUGAUGGACUGGUGAAAAUGGACCAGAAAAGAGGACAGGCUGUCAUUAUACUUGUCAUUGUACUGGAUGAAGAGAUGAUGGUUCUCCCUGCAAUGUUUUAUUCAUCUUUGUUCAGUGUCCUCAGAAGAAACGGUAAGUUUUGCCUGUCUAUAAUAACAGAAUCUGAGCUUUCAAUUAAGCCAUCUGACCAGAAAUCAAAAGCACCUGUAUGUCCAAUAAAUAAUGAUGUUUGUA